UUGCCUGAUUUCCGUUACAACCCGCCGCGCCAAUCGACAAAAACCUAAUUAGGGCAAAGGAGCAAUAAUUUCCGAGUUAAGGUGAUAAUCGAUGGAAAAAUAACACACCUGCUUCUCCUAAUUUCCUCGACUCCAUUAGAAGCAGUGUCUCUCUCUCUUCCCGGGAAGGCCUCGGCAAAGAAUUACAGUAUGGCGAAGAAGGAACCCUGUCGGCCAACCCUCUUCAAAUGCUCCGUUGCAACACUCCUCUGCUUCUUCGCCACCUCCUCCAUCUUCGCCAGCAACCCCUCUUCCCCUGUCCCUAUUUCCGACGAGGAGAUAAGCGAGAGGAAGCAGGCUUGCUAUGCCGACAUUGAUAGUGGGCUUUGGGGAACCCAAUGUAGGUCUACGUUGAUUGAGAAGGAGAAUUGCGCUCUGAAAUGUACCUCUGCUGUCUGUUAUGAGCUCAUAUAUGGGAGCGAUCCACUGGAAGAAGGAGAGAGAGACUAUAUAAGGAGCCAGGAGUAUCGAUACUGCAUGCGAAGAUCAUCAGUAGGAUUGGCGCUGGAUCAAGUGAAGGGAGCGUUUGAUAACGAUGUAACUGUGAGACCUGCUGCUUUCUCUUUGCCAGGGUCAGUGAGAAUCACACACUAACUAAAUAUGAACUUGCGUUUUCUAUAGAAGGCAGAGUACAUAAAAGAAAUUAUCUUCACAGCUUUCCCAUAAUUAUAUCAAUAUUGUCAUAUAUUUUUAUAUCAUUAUGAGUGUGAUAUGAUAUAUUAUAUAAUAAAUGUUACAUUUUAUAUGAUUUGGU